CAACAAAAAUGUACAAAGCAAUUAAAUACGAAGUAUAAAAAUCAUUUUCUAAUGUUGUGUCUAAGAUUCUAAGAACAUUCCAUAAAAUUGGUUUUUUUUUUUCCUUUUUUUUUUUUUAAAAAAAAAAAAAAGCAUUCCAUAAAAUAAAGAACCUGAUUAGAAUUCCCUUAAAAAUAAAAAAAAAAUAAAAAAAACCAAACUUGAUUUAGAAAGAAUCUGAACCGUCAAUAUCUUAUGAUCAGACGAUUGACAAUACAUUCUCAUCAUUAGUCUUUCACUCCAGUCUAUAUAUAACGAGUACUCAUUUUUCAGCUUCUCAUCUAUUCACUUCACAAACAACUCUCUCCCAAUUCAACCGCGUACUCUCAAUCUCCGAGGAAUUUCUCUCUCCUUCAUUGAAGUAGCUUAGACCUCCAUGUCUAUUGUAAAUCUGAAGAAGAAAAAUUUGUGGAUCAUUCUGUAUUAUCGUUGUUUCUUCACAAGGGUACGUUGGUGGUUGGGUUCUUAAAGUUUUGGCUGUUGGCUUAAUCAUUGGAGGGUGAGUUGAUUGUCUCUGAUCCCUCUCUCUCCUUUGAUUAUUGUUACAAUUCAAAGUUCUUGAAUUCGAAGUAGAUUGAAAGUUUAAAAAGAAGAGGACUGCUUGUUCUUUUCUAGUGCUGAAUCAUGGAAGAAUUAUUGUUUAAUAAGUCCUUUCCACCGGGGGUUCGAUUUCAACCAACAGAUGAGGAGUUGUUCAUGUUUUUUCUGAAGAGGAAGGUUCUGGGUAAAUCUCUGGGUCCUCAAAUGAUUUCUGAGAUUGAUGUGUAUAAGUUUGAACCCUGGGAUCUUCCUGCAAUGGCACAUCUGAAAACUAAGGAUCGAUAUUGGUAUUUCUUCUGUCCUAGGUCAAGGAAAUACCCAUCUGGAGGCAGAGUGAACAGGACUACUAAUAGGGGAUAUUGGAAAUCGACAGGGACUGAUUCGCCUACAAAGUAUGCUUCACGGGAUGUUGGGAAGAUUAAGACUUUAAUUUUCCACAUGGGAAAAGCUCCGAAGGGUGAAAGGACCAAUUGGGUCAUGCAUGAGUAUAUAUUGGCUGAUAAACUUCUUGCUGACAAAGGUGUGCCUCAGGAUUCAUACGUCAUCUGUAAAAUCUUCGAAAAGAGUGGUGCAGGACCAAAGAAUGGAGAAGACUAUGGGGCUCAUUUCAUUGAAGAAGAGUGGGACAGCGACAAUGAGGGUAAUGUGCAGGGGAGUAAGUCUGGUCUUGAUAUGGAUUGUGGGCGUGUUGAUAACAGCCCAUGUGUUGCUGAUUCUGUUAUCUCCUUGUCUUUGGGUGCUCCAAAGGUUUCUUCACCAGUUGGUCCUCCCUUCACUGCUGCUGCUGCUGAAGAGCCUUCUCCAAGCGCCACUGCUGCUGCUGCUGAAGAGCCUUCUCCAAGCACCAUUGCUGCUAUAACUACUCCGUACAUUGCUGCUGCAACUUCCUUGGAUGUGCCAAUUGCUGCUCCUUUAUCUGCAAGUGUCUCAAAUGCUUCAGCAACUUCUAUGGAACCUGCUAGUGUUUUACCGACUUCAGAGGAUGAAUUGGACAGGCUAUUGGCGUCUUUUACUGAGGAUGCAGCAGAUGGUGAUAUUUUCAGAGGAUUGGGAGAUUUGGUCGAUCCUUCUGAUUGGGGCGAUCCUUCUAGUCCUGGCUUCUUUGAAAUGAAUGAUUUGUUAAAGUAACUUGAGAGUCUUAGAAACUCUCUACUCUGUAGUACUCUAAGUUAUGCAUAUGGUUUCAUAUGAAGUCUGUGUGGUCUGUAUAAACUUUCAAUUCAAACUUCCAGUUUUUCAAUUUAAACUUCAUUCUGUUA